UGAGGAGGAGUCAGCUAUACAGGAUUGACAUGAAUACUCUCAAGGGGGAAUCUUAUAGUGUUGAUGAUUUGCUUUCUUUCUUUCAUUUCUCCCGUUACAUGUGAGCAUCGGCACGUCACAUGCCUAAAGCUCUCACCGCCCGGACGCCUGGAAAACCGGCCGCAUUUGCCAUCAGGAACCAUGUCAUGCCACUGUGAUUUCAGCGGUCGUGGACCAAAUUGAUCCUCUGCAGAGCCAUGUAUGGACCAUUCUAUCGGAACUUGAUCUCGUGUGGCUCUUUUGAUGCGCGCCCGUUCUGCAUUGGCGUAAUACGGUCCCCUCCAUGCCACACCCGCGCUUAAGCCGUUGACUCAGUCCAAACCACAGCAAUAUGGCGUGGAGUCAUUCAGCUCGUCGCUGGCGGGCUCUUCGUAAAUGCUGCUGCACUCCAAAACUACGAUUUAAUUCCACUCAGCAAGCUCACAGUCCGCCGCCGUGGAGACCGGUAUCGGCUUUGGACGAAUGGGUUGAGCGUGACAUCCGUCCUAUCAGUUUGCGACAGCUAACUUUCUUUGGACGAACCCUGACGGAAUCUCGGCUCAUCAGUUCGGCCAACUACGUACGAACUGAGCUUCCAACUAGACUCGCACAUCGCCUACGAGAUAUACAACGACUCCCGUAUGUGGUGGUGGCUAAUCCCCACCUGUCCAUGGUGUACGAGCUCUACUACAAGGCAUUCGAGCGGUUUCGGACCAUCCCAGAGAUAAAGACAUUGGAUGACAAUGAUAAAUUCUGCGACAUCCUACGUAAAACGCUCCGGGAACACCUGGUUGUGAUUCCCAAACUCGCAACGGGUGUCCUGGAGUGCCGCGAGCUCGUCCCGUCAGAUGUGCUGGACAGCUUCAUGAACACACUUCUCCGAGCAAGAAUUUCACGCCGCGUUAUCGCCGAGCAACAUCUUGCUUUAACGGAAACCUUCAACUCUCCGUGGCACUUCCCUGGAUCCCAAGAUCGCACAGAUCUAAAUGCCGACUUUGUCGGUGAGGUAUUCCUCAGAUGCAACGCGAAAGAGGUUGCUGAACGGUGCGGGAAGCUGGCGCAGGAUAUGUUGCGGCAGAACGGUGGAUCGGAUAAGAUCCCAGAAAUCUCGGUGCAGGGUCACCUUGAGGCAACCUUCCCUUACAUGCUGAGUCACUUGGAGUAUAUCAUCGGUGAGCUACUCCGCAAUUCGAUCCAAGCUGUGAGUGAACGAUACCGGGACUCUACGGAGAAACCGCCGCCUAUCGAGGUUCUCAUCUGCGAGGCCCCGCAGCAUGUGAUCUUGCGGGUAUCGGAUCAGGGUGGCGGCAUACCGCGUAAGGUUCUGCCAUACUUGUGGUCUUUCAACAAAGGCCCUUACAGCACAUCACACCUCCAGAACCUGGGACAGGUUCCCGCCAUGGCUGCCACCAUGCAGGAGCUGUGCGUGCCAACAGAAAGAAAGGAUGCGGAUCGGGACACAUUCCGCGAGAGCUCGCUGGAUUCGCUGACCUCGCGGCCCCCUAAUCUACGUCUGGGGAUCGGUCUGCCCAUGAGCCGAGUGUAUGCCGAGUACUGGGCGGGCAGCUUGGAGCUCCAUAGCCUCGAAGGUUACGGAGUGGAUGCGUUCCUGCAGAUCUCGAAACUCGGCAACAAGAACGAACAGGUGACGACACGUGCGUCAAUUGAUGCAGUAUAGAGGCUCGAAGUACGGAGAGGCUAAGUCGUAUAUACCUCCAAAUAUACACGUUAAACGAAC